GGGGCAAUCACGAAUAUCCUGGAGGAGAACGUUGUCCAGCCUUUACUUGUCUCACAGAGUGCCAUACAUCUGGCAUCAGAAACUGUCCGUAGUAUCAUGAAAAUUGAUGAUAUU